CUUCGCUCUCAUUGGCAGGAAAAACCUCUUGAGCCGAAUUAUACAGAGUUCAAACCUGGAUGAAUGUUGCACCUCGAGUUGAUUACUGCGGCAGUAAAGUGGAAAAGAACUCGCAUGCUCAAACUGGACUACUGCGAUCUUGCUAAGCCCCAAUUUCUAAUGUUGAUCACCACCACGAUCGAGUCCUUUUCCUUUUGGGCUAUUUUUGGCCCCGGCGGUCUGAUGGAAACUCGCCUGUGAUUAUACUGAAUAACGAGCAACGCCGCAGGCAAGGUCAUUUUCGGAAAUGUUAGAAUGGGUACUUAUACUGUGGGAUGCGUGAUGGGGCUUUAACAUAUUGCUUUGCACCAUUUUCGUCACUUCUCGUCUUCAGCUGUGAUGAUUCUCGCAGCCUUUACACACUCUUGGCGGCAUCUUAAAAAUGUUGUGAACUUUCCUUCCGUUGAUGGCAUUGGUCCCCUUGGUCAGGUUGUCCAUCUCUUCAUUCAUCCUCAAGGGAUCACGCAUCUCUUCCUUCUUUCAGAUAUUUUCACUUCCUUGAUCCAGGUCAGAUUGUCCGUUCUUGUUAGCCUUCCUGUUCGACUGGCAGAGAUUGUUAGCCCAUCCCAUAGAAAAUUGAUCUUCCUAGUCGGUUCAAUUCUCUGGCUGAUUCUUCCUUGUUUCUUGUGCCGCAUGUACAAACUCGAGCCUCAAGUCUGGAAUUGUGCUACGCUCAAGCCUUGGUACAACAAUCAACGAAGUCUUGCAGGCGUGUUUGACAUCAUCUGUGGUGAAACCAUAAUCUGGUGAAUCUACCGUAUCAUCAAAAUUGAACGAAGGCUGCUUUGAUUUUUUCCGAUACCUUGAGGUUGACGAGCAUGGAAUACUCAGAAAGCAACGAUAAGGAAAUGAAUAGGUUGGCGGGUAGAGUGUGGCGUAUGUGCGAUUGAGAUAUGCGGAGAGCAAGCAUUAGUGCAGGGAUGUUUGGCUGGCAACAUCUUAGUCAUGUACCCAUUUCCUGGUAUUUCAUGAGAAUUGCUUGUAUUCCU